UAAUUCAAGUCUGGGUCGAAAACUAGCAUACGCGGUGCGAGCGCUUGCUGCAAAGACGGAACGUCCUAUCAAAAGUGGCCAUAUUGGUCUUUAGGGAGUGAACAAAAUAAUAAUUUUUAUACACAGUGCUAGUAUUCAUGCAGUAGUUCAUCGGAGAAUCAUAAUAUUUAAACAAACUUUUCCUUAGUGGCCAUAUGGCGUGUUUAAAUACACUUAAACAAGAAAUUAGGACAUUAGAAUCAAUAUUUCCUAAGACUCAUGAACGAUUUCAGAUAAUAACCGCGAGUGUUGACGAGUUGAGUUGUAGAUUUAUAGGGAGGAACGGUAAAAAGUAUGAGAUUCAUGCUAACAUAACGGAAACCUACCCUGCGGUUCCACCAGUAUGGUUCGCAGACUCGGAAGAUACAAACAUCACAAACGCGGUCCAGUUACUGAGCCACACGCAGGGCUUGGACAAUCACGUCAUCCACCAGGUAUCCAUCCUACUCAGGGAGCUAUGUAGGCUGCACUCUGUUCCAACACAUCCCGACUUAGUAAGACUGCUCAAUCCGCCGGCUCAAUCUACGGAGGACGGAAUAAGCAGCGGUGUGGAGACUAUGGAAGACGAAGGCUUGGACAGUGAGGCUGACGGUGAAGUAUUGGACAGUGAUGCUGAAAGCAGCGAUGAAGAUGAAGAUCUCGCCAUGGAAAUGGAAGAAAGCAGACCCAAAGUGGACGAAAUGAACGUUGAACAUCUUGCGAUGUUAGAACGUUUGAGACAAAAUCAAAGACAAGAUUACCUUAAGGGAUCUGUUUCUGGUUCUGUGCAAGCGACUGAUAGGCUAAUGAAAGAACUCAGGGAUAUAUAUAGAUCUAACUCGUUCAAGAACAAAAUGUACCAAAUCGAGUUGGUCAACGACUCGUUGUAUGAAUGGAACAUACGCCUGAUGGCAGUAGAUCCGGACAGUCCCCUUAGCCACGAUCUGAACAUACUGAAGGAGAAGGAGGGGAAAGACUUCAUCUUGCUCAAUAUGAUGUUCAAAGAUACUUACCCAUUCGAGCCACCGUUUGUCAGAGUUGUGCACCCGGUUAUAUCUGGAGGGUAUGUGUUGGUUGGAGGCGCGAUAUGCAUGGAAUUACUCACAAAGCAAGGAUGGUCCAGUGCUUACACUGUAGAAGCUGUCAUCAUGCAGAUAUCGGCUACACUAGUUAAGGGAAAGGCGAGAAUACAGUUCGGCACCAAAGUCUGUUCCCAAGGACAAUACAGUUUAGCUCGUGCUCAACAAAGUUUCAAAUCACUUGUCCAGAUCCACGAAAAGAACGGAUGGUUCACCCCACCAAAAGAAGACGGUUAAUGAAAUGUCCGGCGUGCCAAUUCAUCAGCAAAACCACUACUCCAUCGGUCUUCUGUUCGAAGUGUGUUCUUAUUUAGUGCCUAUUUUUCAUUACUUUGAAAGAAGUUCUUUUUUUCCCAUUGUAAAUAUUCACGAAAUUGAGCUACAUUUUUUCUGCGCAAAAUGUAACUUUGGUAUAAUAGUCGACCUUCCAGGAAAUAUAAAACUAUAAAUUUUUGGGUAAAAUUGUUUCCCAAUUUCACAAAGGAGAUUAUUUUUUCACAAUUUGUUCGUCGUUUGAAGGAAUUAUUCGAAUGGAUUCUCUUUUUUUUUUUUUUUUUUGAUUAAUUGAUCUGAUUGUGGCUGAUUGAUUCUUCGAAGUUGUCUCUCUCACAUCUCUGUUUUUUUUUUCUCUUUUUUGAUUCUGUGAUAGUAUCUCGAUAAUUUCGAUAUUUGUAAUGAUGGGUCUAAAGAAUCGUUCAAUUCGUGUAAAGGAUUUGUACGUUACCGCUCUUUACAAUUACGGAUGUGUGUUUGAAUCAAGUGUUUUGCGACUUAGCACUGAAUCGAAGAAUGAUUUCGGUCGAUCAAUGUUGUGGAGGAUGGCAGGGAAAAAGCUAAACUACUUAUAAGACUUGCCCUCGAUCUUGUAAUUUUUUUUCGUUUUCACUGCGAAUCUUGAUUUGUGGGUAAUUUUGACGGUGAAGAUGGUUCUGCAACUGAUGAUUUUGUAUCCUAUAGACUAAGCCAGCCAGUUGGGGGAACUUAUGACUGAUUAAAGAAAAAAACAACAAUAUUUUUUGUGCAAUUGAAUCGGACGAGUGAUGGUUUUGUAAAACAUCUUUUUUUAUUAUUCGUUUUCGUGUUAUGAACUUGGUUAUCUUCGUUUUUCCUCUUUGAUUCUGUUGAAAAUAUAACUACAUUGUUUUUGCGAACAAUUUUGCAACAUUGAGAAACCAUCAACGAUCAGCCUAAAUUACACAUUUUUAGUUGACAUUAUUCGGCUGUGGACACAUUUUUUCUCAUUUUUUUUUUUACAAAAAUCACCCUCAUUACAGAAGCAAGCUCCAUGCAAAUGUUUCACUUAAUAUUAAUAUCGUUAAUAUUAAUUGAAUUUUCUCUUAGUAUUAUGUUCGAUUGAUUUUUGAUAAAUAUCCUUCUUAGAAUAGCCGUUUUCCAUACCUACGUCUACUCUAGUUUAAACUUAGUGUUGUGUUUUAGUUGAUUGGGGCAGCAGAAUUUUUCGAAUUGUGUACAAAUCUAAAUUGUUUUUGCUGUCGUAUCACUUUGAACAGUAUGUGAAAAUGUGCUUUUUAGUUUUAAGUUUAAGUAAUAAAUUAAUAAUAUUACUA